AUGGAGAAUAGCCCCGGAGGCGGCGGUGGUGUCAUCCUUUAUGCUGGAUCCUCUGGCAGUGCCAGCCCAAGUCCUGGCAGCCCCUCUAGUGGAUACCAGACCCAGUCACCCUCCUCCCACUCACAGCCCUCAUCCCCAGAGGGUGUCUCCUUUCAAGAGAUUGGGGCCAUGAAGCAGGGAGGGGAACAAAGAGGAGGGACGCCUUCCCCGAAAAUGGUCUUCCAAUUUCCAGAAGUGAACAAUGCUCCAGCUGCCCAAGUUACGACAGUGUCAUCGGCCACCUACAGCCAUCCCACGGUGGCCAAAAGACCUUGUGGAUUUACUGGCACCUUCCCUAAAACAGGUGGUAUGGUGCUUUUAUGCAAGGUGUGUGGGGACAUUGCAUCUGGUUUCCAUUACGGUGUCCACGCCUGUGAGGGUUGCAAGGGUUUCUUCAGACGCAGCAUUCAGCAGAAUAUCCACUACAAGAUGUGCGUGAAGAAUGAAAACUGUCUCAUCAUGCGCAUGAACCGAAACCGCUGCCAACACUGCCGCUUUAAGAAGUGUCUCUCCGUGGGCAUGUCCAGAGAUGCUGUCCGUUUUGGCCGUAUUCCCAAACGGGAGAAGCAGAGACUAUUGGAUGAGAUGCAGAGCUAUAUGAACAGUCUUAAUGAAUCUGCCUCCAUGGAGAUGGAGAUGUCACCUCCCUCCGACACCCAGUGCAGCCCAAAGAACCCGACGAAUGAAGGAGCAGGCUCCGUAAUGCAGUCCUACCAGAGCGACUUAAUAAACAGCGAGAAGAAACCUCUGAAAAGGCCUGCCAGCGACAGCAAUCUUGGCACUUCUUUCCAGAACAGUCCUGUGCAGGAAAACGCCCCGCCUCACGCAACAGCACAGGCACACCACACGUUUCAGGCGGAGCUGACAUCGGGAUACAGCGUCCCUUCAAAGUGUCCCGUUGCCCACACCAAUAAUGAAAACACCACGAAUAACAAUGUCAACAAUUCCAAGUACAACUUCACCAAUCAGAAUCAGUGUCCCGUCCGUGGCGGUCUUUCAUCUCAGCACUACGCAGCCAAUCAGAAGACUAAUUCUCAGAACCAAAAUUCCUGUCCUUGGAAGCUAAAUGGUGGAGCCAAAGUCUUGGCAUGUCCACUCAAUUCUUGUCCGGUGGCUCCAGCCAGUCGCUCCAGUCAGGAAAUGUGGGAGUCCUUUUCCCAGUGUUUUACCCCUGCUGUUAAAGAAGUGGUGGAGUUUGCAAAGAGUAUCCCAGGCUUCCAGACUCUGAGCCAACAGGACCAAGUCAUGCUACUUAAAUCUGGCACUUUUCAGGUGCUGAUGGUGAGGUUUUGCUCAUUAUUUGACCCAAAGGAGAGGACUGUGACUUUUCUCAAUGGGCAGACAUACUCCCUGGCAUCGCUCCGGGCAUUGGGCAUGGGCGUUUUACUGGAUGCCAUGUUUGAUUUCAGCGAGAAGCUAGGAUCUCUUGGUUUGGAACCAGACGAGAUGGCUCUUUUCAUGGCUGUUGUGCUCGUAUCAGCUGAUCGCUCUGGUGUAGUAGAUGUGGGAGCAGUGGAGCAGCUGCAGGAGAACCUGAUCAAAGCUCUGCGCACGCUCAUUACGAGUCGCCGGCCGGACGACAGCACACUCUUCCCAAAGCUGUUGCUACGUCUGCCGGACCUGCGAACCUUGAACAACCAGCACUCUGACAAGCUUUUAGCGUUCCGCAUUGAUCCGUAA